GUAAUGAAGUGCCGGGAGGCAUCACCGAGAACAAUUCAUUAUCCGCCGAAAAAUCCGUGAGUAACACACGUCAACGGCAUCCGAGUGACUAAAUAAUUCGUAAAUAAACGUUAUUUAUUUUAUUUAAUGUUAAUUCGGUGGUGUCUACUUGCAUUUUUAUUAUUCUACCAUUAAAAAGUACCGUCGUUUUUUUUUGGCCAUUCACAAAUACCCGGUCACUUAUGAAGGACAUUCAGUCAAAAAUGGAGACAAUGGAAGUUGCUGAGCCGAUAACGGCAAUAAAAGUAGAGGAGAACAACACGGAGAACAACGACAAAGAAUCAGCGGCAACGAACAAGAAGGUGCCAGUCGACGAGAUGACUUCACGUGACUAUUACUUCGACUCGUAUGCUCACUAUGGCAUCCAUGAGGAGAUGCUGAAGGACGAAGUGCGAACGAUAACCUAUCGUAACUCAAUGUAUCAUAAUAAGCAUUUAUUCAAAGAUAAAAUCGUGUUGGACAUUGGCUGCGGCACGGGAAUUUUGUCAAUGUUUGCUGCUAAAGCCGGCGCAGCUCGAGUAAUUGGUAUUGAAUGCUCCAACAUCGUCGAGUACGCGGAAAAAAUAGUUGAAGCCAAUCAACUGUCUCACAUAAUCACUAUUGUUAAGGGAAAAGUUGAGGAAGUCGUAUUGCCAGACGGUAUUGAAAAAGUCGACAUUAUUAUUUCCGAAUGGAUGGGCUAUUGUCUUUUCUACGAGUCGAUGUUGGACACGGUGCUCCAUGCGCGUGACAAAUGGCUAAAACCCGACGGCAUGCUUUUCCCCGAUAAAGCGACUCUAUUUAUUUGCGGUAUCGAGGAUCGUCAAUACAAAGACGAGAAAAUAAACUGGUGGGACGACGUCUACGGCUUUGACAUGAGCAGUAUUCGUAAGGUCGCAAUAAGUGAACCCCUCGUUGAUGUCGUGGACCCUAAACAAGUUGUCACGAACGCAUGUCUCAUCAAGGAGGUUGAUCUCUACACGGUCACAAAAGCAGAUCUUGAUUUCUCAUCUCCGUUUACUCUUCAAGUACGACGCAACGACUACGUUCAAGCUCUAGUCACAUUCUUCAACAUUGAAUUCACCAAGUGCCACAAACGUGUUGGGUUCAGCACAGCGCCGGAAGUUCAGUACACCCAUUGGAAGCAGACGGUCUUCUACUUUGACUCCUACAUGACGGUAAAACGCGGCGAGGAAAUUUACGGUGUAUUCUCGAUGAAACCGAACGCUAGGAAUUAUCGCGAUCUAGAUUUUAGUAUUGAGUUAGAUUUCAAAGGAGAGUUGUGCCAAAUUAACGAAACGAAUCAUUAUCGUAUGCGUUGAUUUAACCAUUGCUCUUCUUACGUGUCCUUAUUCGCUCUGUAAUCUUGCUGAUGAGUCAUAACAUCUUUUUUUGAAAUUGAUAGUGAGGAAGAGUAAAAUAAAAACAA